AUAAGUAUUUAAUUACAAUUGUAAAGAACAAAAACAUCAUAUAGGGGUCGCUGAUGUCCAUUUGAAGAUUUUUUGUCAACAAAAUCAUGUUUGAGACACUAUUCAAACGUAUUCCACUCAUGAUAAUCGCCUGCAUAUCUUUUUGUAGUGUGUUUAUGUCAACCCUUUUCUUUGUGAGCUUCUGCUCAAGCCAGUUUUGGCCCAAAAACUCCAACCAACCUGGUGACUGGAGCUCAUGGGAUGCAUUGCUCUGGGACUUUCUCCUGGUUGGACUCUUCAUCCUGCAACACAGCAUAAUGGCGUCAUCGUGCUUCAAAAGGUUCAUCUAUGGCAACAGGAGUGGCAUCGUUGUUGAGAGAUCUCUCUAUGUUUUGAUGACUUCUUUUGUCUUGUAUACUCUUGUUUCACACUGGUGUCCAGUAACUGAGUACAUCAUAUGGCAUCUUGACACCUCUCAGAGCAUCUUCUGGUGGACUGUCUUCGUCGUUAUCCAUGUCAUAGCCUGGGUCCUGCUACUAGGAGCAGUACUCACCAUGGACCUAGCAGAAUUGAUCGGACUCAAACAGGUGUAUUUUUACUGCAUUGGAGCCGAGUACCCGAUGAAGUACAAGUCUCCGGCAGCCCGCCACCUCUACCGUGCGAUGCGUCAUCCAGGGACGAGCUGCCUGACGUUCAUAUUAUGGUGCCAUCCCAUAAUGACGCUGGAUCGAUUCCUCCUCGCCGUCAUGAUGACGUUGUACGUCUCGUUUGGAUUUAACGUCACCGUCGAGGAUUAUGAAUACAUUGCCUUGCAGUCGGCGAGAAAAGACGAUGAACUUUACAGAUAUAGGACAGAGGUUCAGUUCAGGGAGGUCAGGGGAUGAAACGCUUUGUAUACUUUUAUCUUUGAGUACAACCAAAGACAGAUCUCUUAGAUUUUAUCAAUUUAAAGUACCAGCAAAUGUCGAUGAAGCAAUCUCAUCAUGUUUUAAACAGCUUUCAAAUAUUACAGCUUUUUCAUGCCAUUUUAUGUUUAUAUUUACAUAUGUAUACCUUCUUUCUUUGUAAUAAAAUUAUGCAUUUAAUGUAAA